UCUGCUGCUUGUGUUGCAGUGAGCAGCACACUUUGUCUCUAUCUGUGGUGUACAGAACAUGGACCGACUCAAUGGGCAGGACAUACCUCUGAACAAACUGGACGACAUAGAGGCCGCAAAAGGCGCCUCCAGAAAACCGCUUCGCCCCAUCAACAUAAAUCACUAUGCCACCAAGAAGAGUGCGGCUCAGAGUAUGCUGGACGUGGCCCUGCUGAUGGCCAACUCGUCCCAGCUGAAGACCGUCCUGUAUGUGGGACCUCAUUACCGCUUCUACAUCCCGCUCAUCGUCCUGCUGUCCUUGUCCAUUACGUUGCAGGUGGCUGUGGGGCUGCUGCUCGUCUUCAUCGCAGUGAAGUACGAUCUGAACGACGUGAGGAAACACGCCAAGCUCGACAGGAUGAACAAUGUGGCCACGGUCUUCGUCUUCUUCACCGUCCUCAUCAACAUCUUCAUCACAGCCCUUGGCUUUGAAGGACACACUGUCAGUUCAUCAACGUCACCUGUGGUUGCAGUACCACCGCCGAAACUUUCCGUGCUGCCGGGUGAACUGAAUAUAACUGGAGCCAUUUAAGCUGAAACUCAUCUUUGGACCAAAGUGACAAUGUAUCAUAGUUCAUGUAAGCUCAAAGCCUUGUUGUUGUUGUUGUUUUUGUUGUUAUUGUUGUUGUGGUGGAACACUGUACAAACUCUGGUCAAAGUGUGACUGCUAUGGGCCUAAAUUCACCAGAUGGAACUAAACUUUGACGUCUGAAUGGAUCUCAUGGAGCCUUUUUUUAGGGAUCGUCUGAGGCUGAAGAUGGACCACCAACUAAGUGUAUCUUCAACCAUUAAAGCUGCAGUAAGUAGGCUGGACUCACAGAACCCCCAGGUUAAAACCUUGGACAGACGCACUUAUUAUUUACAUGAUGAAUAACCAGAAGCAAACUCAAUCUCUGAAAUAAUUAUUUAAUGUUUUAGAGUCUUUACUGCGCGAUUCUCUGUCUGUUACCUUGCAAACGCAGUUGUUUCUCAUACCUACUCGAUGCUUUAAUGCGCGUGCCUGAUGCUAGGAGCUGCAGGUGGCUAUUGGAAGUUAGCAGAGCAGUUGCUAACAAAGUCCGAGAGCUCCACCUUGAGCAUAAAUGAGAUUUUAAUUGGAAAGCACCUGUGCUUAUAAUGUUAGCAUGUGAUUUGACUGACUGAUGCUCGCACUGCCACGUGGAACAUUUCUCAACUAAAGCAAAGGCAACACAACUGCCGACACCACUACAAAAUAAUGAGCAGCAUCUCAGUUGAUUUGCUAUGCGAGUGUCACGUUAUCAAACCUUUCCACUAAAGCUGGGGACACACUGCGAGAUGUUGGGGACAGUCGGCGUGGCUAGUUAGCACAGAAAUCUGUUGGUGUGUGAGGGGUAACACAAUCCAUCCAACCUCAGUCAAACAAGCAUGUUUGAAUUUGGUAGUGUUUGCUGAUUACCGACCCAACUGCAAACACAUGCUGCCAACAGCCAAUGCAGAAAGAGGUGGAAGGUGGACACAAGAGAUAGCGUCAGAAGAUGAGGACGACAGGAAGAAGCGUGGACAUAAAAACAAGGUUUACCCUUUAAACUGUCGCUCUCAUGGACUCGGUCACUCUCCCGAGAUCUCCAGUCUUUAAUACGUCGUCAUAAAAAGUUGUGUGGUGUGUCUUCAGCUUCAGGGGGAAUGUUUGAAUGCAUGUAUGCCGAGUAGAAGGGCCAAUAGGAGGCGCAAUCACUCUGGCUGGAAACGGAGGCUAGAGCAGGUGCAGGAGGCGACUUAUUGUGGAAUUAUUGAUCAAUCACACCGUUGAUAUCCAGCCUUCACCAGCUUUAAGUUAAACUCAGGAAAGCUUGACAACCAAAGACCUCAGUUUGAAGACAGUCUUUGUAAUCUGGCAAUUUUCUUCACCAAACGUCUUAAAACGUCUGUUUUUGUGUUAUAAUUUAUUGUAUUGUUUCUGUACCAAUAUUGGUGGGAGUAAACCAGUGCAUACAUGUCCUUGUAAUAAAAUGUCUUACAUUAAAAAAUGACUUUUAUAUUGAA